AGACCUCCAUUGUUAUUUAUAUUGCAUAGCUAACAAAAUGGAAGAGGAUAUAACGCGUUUGUUUUUUUAAAAGAAGAGUGUAAUUGUUGUUAGGCUCUUUAUAAAGUGAGGAUAAUUCACAUUUGACUAAAAAGUUUGAAAACAUAUGAUUCUUGAUAAAUUUUAUUGUCAUGUACAGUGACCCGUUUAGGUUACAUCACACCAACGCAUACAGCUUUAAAGACGCUGCAACAAUCAGGAUUGUCUAGCCAUUUUUUUAAGAAAACCAUAUUAAAAUGAAGAAAAUGUUAGAAUUAUCGGAUUCUCAAUUUAGCAAUCAAUUCAAAAGUCACUCCAAGAAUCAGUUAAAAAAAUAUUUCGAAACGACAACGAGUGGAGAAGAAUGUAACGCUAAAAACUCUGAUGCGAUUUUUGAGAAUCACGAAUGUGAAACAAGUCAAUCUAAAAAGCUUUUUGAUGCGUUUUUUUUAUUGCCCGAGAAUAAUCAAAACGCUCAACAGAAGCAUACAAAAUGUCUCCCUUUUUCUAAAAAAUGUGACAGUCUGGAACAAGCUUCAAACAACUUAUUUCCCUCUGAUAAUCUGUUCCACAAUAAUAAAACUGACGAACUGGAUGAUCAUUCGAGGGAAAUGCAACUUCAACGAGGCGAGAAUUCUCCUUUAUUUUCUUGUCACGGAGGUGAUACUAACAAUUCGCUUCAAUCGUCAGUUUCAGACUCUCGAUCAAUGCUUCCGUCCCAAUCCCCGCUCAUUCCGUGCUUCAUGGUGAUUCAAAAAUUAUAUUUUACAGGUGUUCCCGAAUUGCUUUUACUACGUGACAUUAUGUAUCCGUUACAGGGAAUAGAUGGAACUUACAUCAAAUAUCAUUCUGGGUCCAAUUCAUUUCUUGUGCGGCAAAAUAUUGUUGUUAGUACUCCUGUUCGAGUUCUUGUGUCUCGGUGUUGUAAAAUAGGUUGCUACUACCGUUGUAUACGACAUCAUUUAGAGCCUACCGAUUCCUUUAAAGAUAUAGCAUGUGUCAAAAAUUUAAGUAGCUCGAAUUUGACGUCAUCACAACAUAUAAUUCAGCCACCCCUUACAUCUCUUCUUCAUCAAUCCUUGCAGCAAUUCGUUCAUAAACAUCUGUCCAUUUAUUAUAAAAUGCUAGCGUACAUUGAAAAUGAAAUCGUCCGAGCUGGAAAUCAACCAUAUGGAGAGACUAGUCAAACGUUUUCCCUUCGAAAACUCCUGUUAUACUUACAAAAGCCAACGGAAAAGAUCGCUUUGUUAGCGUCUAUCAUUCAAGCCACCCAAUAUAUUAAAGGAGGUCCCCUUCUCUCAGUCGUUUUUGACAAUUCUAAUAAUGGUGAUACUGAGAAAAAGGCACUCAUGAAUAAUAUGUUAGAAGAGUUACAAAAUCCUUGGUUGGAUAUGGUUUAUCAAUGGGUUACAAAUGGUGUUUUAAUGGAUCCAUGUGAUGAGUUCUUUAUAAAAAUCCAUUUAAAUGGAGCGUCGGUUUCACAUCCUACUUCUAUAGACGAAAUGAAAGAGCCUUGUACACCAUGUGAUGCGUCAUUGACACUCGACCCCCUUUUUUACUGGAAAUACGGGCACAACGUUCGGCUACACCUUUUGCCCGUCUAUGUAUCCAAUGAGUUGACAUUUAAGAUUGUGUAUGCAGGAAAGGCUGUAGCGCUUGCCAAGUGUUUCAUGUUUCUAGAAUCAACUUUUCAAAAAACUACUAAUGUUUUUGAUUCGUCUUCAAGAAUUAUUGAUAUUCAAAAACAAGUCUUAUGUCGUGACGAUACUGUGUCGAAACACUGUGAAGAGCCCUUAUUUCAAGUGCCGCUCGCAGAUAUUUCCAAUACUGACAUUUGUAGAACGGAUCAUGAUAAACAUUCCCUUAUGCUACAACAUUUGGCUGGCAAACAACUGGAUUCCACCAGCAUAGUGCGUCAUACUUUAGGGUCUUUGUCUGAUUUUAGUGAACUACGGUAUACAAAGAGUCUAAGUAAGCAGCAGACAACUCCUCUUGAAUCAACAUUUCAAAGUUUUUUGGAUAUGGAAAAAAUGGUUCACCGGCUGUAUUUUCAUAAUUCAAACGUUAUUGUGAAUCUGUUAUUAUACCGCUAUCAUUUACUUCAACACUGUGAAGCAAUACGGUGCUUUCUAUUUUUAUCACAAGGGGAUUUGAUUUACGAACUUUUAACACUCUUUCAUGGAAGUUUCACAGGAAGUUCGUCUCCUUAUAAUAGCACUCCACAUAAUCUUUCAAGACACUUAGUGAAUUCUACAGCUUCCUUCAAAGGAUGUUCUUUGGCUGAACCAGCACAGCAUCUCACACUGCACGAUUUACGUUGCUGCCUUGAUGUUGCUAUCGCCUCUUCUAACGCUCAACACCUCACUCAAGAAGUUCUAGACCGAUUUGAAGUCACGAAACUCAGAAAUACACGUUUACACUAUAACCCAUCAGGUUGGGAGGUUGUAACUUUUAAUUAUAUUGUAUGUCAAAAUCCCGUUUCCUUAAUUCUUGAUGAGAAAUCUAUGCAACGCUACAGGCAAAUUCAUAGCAUGCUGUGGAGAACACAGCGAGUGGCGUAUUCUCUAAAUCUCUUAUGGCAAAAUCACAUACGGACAUGUCGCCGGGGUAUACUGAGUUCUUUACCUUUUUUUGAAAAACGCGAAAAAGCAUCUUCUGAGCCAGUCAAUGAAUUUUAUUUAGAUGUACACUGGGCCUUGUCGAAAUGUGAAAGCCUUUAUGCUGAAACAAGUCACUUUAUGCGAAAUAUCCAAUCGUUCUUUAUUGAUGGAGUUAUUGAGCCCAGCUGGAAACAAUUUGUUCAAAAUCUUUAUCAGCUUGUGACGCAAGCAGAACAAAGUCCGUGUUCCCGUAUGUCCCAGGUUGAUCUAAUGAUUGAAUGCCACCAAAACUAUUUAAACGAUAUGCUGACGGGGUUGUUUCUUUCGGAUGUUCAAGGAGUCAAUGUUGAGUCGAAUAAUGAGAGUGCCUCGUCCACAAUGAACUCGCAUGCAUUCACUACUUUGGAUCUACUGCGUCAUUCAUGCUCUACCUAUGAAAUGGAUGAAGAAUUUUCCGUUUUGAAAGAACCAUCAUUCCCCAACGCAACGUUGGAACUUAUAUUGAAGCUUGAAAAUUCUAUUUUAACAUUUAUCAAUUUAUCGAAUGACAUUUUUCUUAGUCUGUAUAAUUAUAAACCCCCACGUAUUGAUGCUACGAAACUUAACAGCCUGGAACAUAUUUCUCAAAAGUUUAGGGGGUUUCUUAUUGACUUUCUUAAACGUAUUAAUUCGUAUUCAAGGCUUACGGCACAAGAGCAUUUUAUAUGUCGAGGAAACUCAACUGUACACCAGGAUGCUUUACGAGAAUUACUGUAUCGACUUGACUUUAAUAAUUAUUAUGGUUCCGACUGGGAGCUUUACCGCCAUCCCGUGGUUCGUCCUGUUUCCAAAGACUCGCACCUACUUUUACCUUUAAACGGUCAAACAAUUUCUGAAAGCGUCAAACCAUCCAUUGACAAAACAUUGUAUCCCCUUCACAUUUCCUUAAGAGGCGAUUUACAUCAAGAGCCUUUUCAUGAAGACAAUUCGAUUGUCACAGCUAAUCUUACUAAGUCAUUACAUGACAGUAACAAUUUUUCCAUGAACACGUCGACAAGUACACCUUUUAAUAAUGACACAAAACCUUCUUGUAGUGUUCAAAGUGCAUUUCUAAAAAAGAAAUGUGACAAAAAUAAAAAGACCAUGUGUAAUGAACAACAAAAUGUUAGGUCCCGCAGAAAAAAUAAUGCAGAGUUCACGACUCAUCUGAAGAGUUUUCCGUACACUAACAGUAAGACAUAUGAUCUGAAUCUCACGAAAGCAGCCCCUUGGAAACGGUCAAAAGACAUUGAUGAAAAUAAAACGAAUUCUUUAGAAUACAGUUCGUUUAUAGAUUCGGACGAUGCCGCAACAAAAGAAAUAAAUUACGCGGAAAAAGUCUAUACAGUUUCAGAUAAUGCUGAGCCGUUGGAAACAUCGAUUGGAUCAGACUAUGAACAUUUUAAUAAACAUCUUCAUCAGUUUAAGGAUACAACACCAGCCUCUCAAGAAAGUCAUACCGAUGAUAUUUCUCAAUUAUAUGAACAUUUCGAGUCUAGUCACGAAUCUCAACAUGAAGAGAACAAAUUGUGCAGUGGUGACGAGAACAUUAGUAGCUUUUCAUCACAAAGUUACUCAUGCCACUCUAUGGAUAAAGACACUGAAACCUCUCAUACUGAGUGUCAUAGGAAGCUAGGGUCGAUUAAUCAAAAAACAUUUAAUCGUUUAAUGCGGAUGGAUCAUGACGACGUGGACCUGAUUAAGUAUCAUACCAUCCACAAGGAUGGAAAUUCGUAUUCAAGUGAAGACACCAAUGAAUUAUGGAUGUAUUUACCAGAAGAUCAUUAUGAAGAGACAGUGUAUUCAAAUUCUCAUUCGCCCUAUUCUCACAAUAAAAAAAUAAUUUCCCCCAAAAAUGCUCCUACAAGACGUAGUUUGAAAUCUCAUAAUCAUAGUUUUUUUGGCAAAGGUUCAAGGAACCGUAUACAAGAUUAAACAAUACUUAGUGUUUUUAAUACAUUGAAUUAAAAAGCACCAUAUUAAAUUUUAGUUAAAAUGAUGCUAUUCCAUCAAAAUAACAUCAGACAUGUCACAGAUGUACUUUCAAGCGUUAGAAAAUCAAUUGUAUUUAAACUUUAUUCAUUUUGCACUUAUCUAGGUAAUGAUGAAAUAAAAUUUAAAUAAACAAAGUGGUUGACAUUUUCAAUGGCAUGGUGAAAAGAGAUCGUGCCAAAAGUACAAAUCUAACAAAUGUAUCGAUUGAAAAGGAAACAAUUUUGUACAAAAAAAAUAAAGUUGAUUUCGUCAUUGGUGUAGACGAAGUUGGUCGAGGCUGCUUAGCAGGCCCUGUAGUGACAUGUGCUCUCUUUAUCCCUCUUCAUUGUAUGUCUGAUUUGACACAAAUUCAGGAUUCUAAAACGCUAGAUGAAAAAACAAGAGAAAAUGUCUACCACCGGCUAACGACAUGUUCUUCAUUACUUUUUGAGACAGCUGAGCGUCUUGCGGAAGAGAUCGAUGCAACAGAUAUUCUCACUUGUACUAUGGAGGCUAUGGCAACAGCAGUAUUGGAACUUAUUGAGAAAUUGCCCAAACUUCAUCCUCAAAAAAAUAAAAUAAAAUGUCAUAUUCUU